CAUUUGGAUAACAUAUUACAAUAGUCUGUCUUAUGAAACACAAUGCAUCGAAGAUAAACACGUAACAGUGGUCAAGGUGUUGAGGUCUGCAGUGGAGUUUUAUUACGACCAUACUGACUCUCCUCAGAUAACCUGCCAAUGUCCUAAUCUCGUCUUUGUUAGAAGAGGGUGAUUAUCUUGAUCGUUCACAGAAUUGCCGCUCUCUAUUGACUACUUGACAAAGGGGCUAGUCUUUUCCCCAUGAACCAACUUAUCUCAAGUUUCUUAAAAGGUAGAAAUGUUUUGGGUUUUUUUUUUAAAGAAAAAAAAGCAAAGAGACUAUAAAGAUAAGACUUGGGGUAAUUAACAGUAAAAAAGUUUCUUUAAUACACCAUCAUCCAUUGGCUGUUGUGGGGGUGGAGGUUUUGUAAGUGUAUGACUAGAGCAUAAGAUCUUACAUGUAGGGAUCUUUACAGAAAAAAGGGGAGUUGGUGGUUCAGGACACUUCAUAUUACCAUGGAUUACAGAGCAUUUCAUUUUUUGAGUGUGGUUUGUGCUGCAACAACUGUGAUGUCCAGUUUAAAUAGCACUAGAUCUGGGUCACAGAUUCUCCAUGCCUUGCACUGUCCACCCUGUGAGCGCAUCCACUGUUCACCUCGCAGAGCGCUGAGGCUCCAGUGUAAGGGGGGUGUUACUACAGGCGUCUGUGGCUGCUGCCCUGCAUGUGCAAAACAAGCCGGGGAGAGCUGCGGAGGAACGUGGGACUACCUGGGGAAAUGUGAUGAAGGCUUGGUGUGUGUUUACCUGGAACCUACUGAGAGCAAGCCAGAAGCAGAGCAUAAGGGGAUCUGCAAGUCGGUACUUGAAGUCCUUGAGAGAGACGCUUGUCGUCCAGAUUGUACAUGGGAACUGUGUCAGGCAAACCCCAAUGCAAUCUGCUCAGCCAGGUCUGUGUCAGUGGAAAAGCGUGAGUGUGGGGGUUUCUGUCAACACACCACCUGCUCCAGCUGUUUGGUUCUCAGGCGUCCAGCGUGUUCUCAGGCCUGUGCUCACACAGACCAUGUCUGCCUGCAUCGUUUUGGGAGGUGUGUGCACAGCCAUCUGGAGGCACACAGAGAAACAGUGUGCCACCAAAACCUGCAGAGCAACAAUGAGGGCUACUUCAUGUGUUUGGCUCCUGCUUGUCCAAAUGCAGCAGAAUAAUUAUGCAUUUGUGGAGGAACUGCUCCAAAGUGAUCUAGGUUUAAAAUGUAGAAUAUUAAGGCAGCUAUUUUUGAUAUAAUUUUUUUUGUAACCUUUGUGACUACAGAUGACACAUGAAAGAAUAAUGAUGUGAAUAUGUUUUUAUGUAAUACUUUUUUUUUGUUUAUUCAAUUUGAUUUAAUUCCUGUACAUUUGUAUUUAUUAUGUCCAGAACAUUAGCUAUAUGAUCAGAUGUUUACAUUCAUACAAUGCCACAAUUAUUACAAGUAUUAAAUAAAAUGGAUUUUCGUUCCUAAAUAAAUGAAAGGAAAUUCUAGUCA